AAUAAAUAACAAAAUAAACUGGUUUGAUUCGAGGAUUUCCACCUAUUUUGCCAUAUUUGGAAGGGCGCUCCAUCCGGUCCUCCUACGUCACUGCUUCGUCACAUCCGUUCUGUCUUUCCCGUCCGAGCUCUCAACAUGGCGCCGAUCAAACAGAAGAGGUCUGCUGUCGGUAAAAGGUCUAAAAAGGGAGUGUCGUGGAAGUUCACCCUAGACCUGACACACCCUGUGGAGGACGGGAUCCUGGACUCUGCCAACUUUGAAACCUUCCUCAAAGAGAGGAUCAAGGUGAACGGAAAAACGGGCAAUCUGGGUAACAUUGUUCAGGUCGGCCGCAUGAAGAACAAGAUCAACGUCACGUCUGAGAAGCAGUUCUCCAAAAGGUAUCUGAAGUACCUGACGAAAAAAUACCUGAAGAAGAACAACCUCCGUGAUUGGCUGAGAGUGGUGGCGUCUGACAAGGAGACGUAUGAGCUGCGGUACUUCCAGAUCAGUCAGGAGGACGAGGAGUCGGAGGCAGACGAGUGAAGAGCAGCAGAGUGUGGACAGCGAAAUAAAAAAGAGCAAAAACGA